AUGAAUUCGGUUGUUGGUAGUGCUAUUGGUUCUGAAGAGGACGAAGAGUCUUGUUAUAUGACUCCAAGAGAGGGUACAAAUGAUGGUGAUAAGGUUAUUAUUGUUCAGUCAAUGAUGGGUGCUGUUUUAGAAGAAUCUAAGUUUGCAGGGAAGCCAAGUGAGAAUAGAAUUGCCAAACGAACAUUUGAUGCUAUCGAUGAUAAUGAUGUGAUGGAGAAGAUAAAUAAUAAUAAUGUUGAUAUUGAAGUUGAAGUUGAUGUUGAAGGGGAAGACGAGGAGAAGGAGAAGGGGAAGGAAAACGAAAAGGAGAAGAAAGGGGAAUUGGGAAUGGACGUGGCAGAGAAAGUGGAAGAGAAAGAGAAAGAAAUAAAGAUUAUUAGACCUGAUCCAAAGACUUUAGAUGAAGUUUCACAGAGGAGGAACGAUCUUGCUUUAGCGAUAAAAAAUUUUUCCUCUUCAAUACAGCCAUUGGAGUUCGAAUCAUACAGCGAUUAUUUUAUUAUCCAUAAUUUCAAAAAAGGUAGGUCAGCUAGUGGUCGUGUUGAUAUAAAUGUAUUAAGAAGAAGAGAACAUAGUAUUUAUUACACAAGAAUUAAACGUAAAGAUGAUAAAAAUGGUUCUGAAUCAAAUUCUUCUACUCCUAAUAAUUUAUCGGACGACAGCGAUUCAGGAACUUCUCAUAAUUUGGAUAAAUUAAAUAAAGACAAAUAUUUGGGAACCUCCAAGAGUGCUACUCCAUUGGGUUUAACUUCUUCUCAAACAAGAAUCACUAGAUCAAGGAUAUCGAAUAAUUCGUCUCAAAAUAUUCAAGUUAUAGAACAACCAACUAACUCAAAACCUGCAAAUUUAAUCACUUGUGAUAUUUCACUUAAAUCAAUAAUCCCUACCCCAGUACCUGACGGUACUAUAAGAAGAUCAUCAAGGAUAUCACAGAAAUCUACAAACCCUUCAUUAAAGGAGGAAUCAGACGAGGAAGAAUUAGAUGAUCUAGAUGAUAAUCCAAGAAUUCAUGAUCUUUUUGAAUCAUUAGUACCAAAAGUGAAGAAACCUUAUAGAAGAUCUGAUUGGAUUUUACCUACAAGAAGUAGAUACACUCCUGAAAAACAAUUGCAAACAAAACCUGAAUAUGAAGUUGUAAAAAUGAAUGAAUUGGUUUGUACAGAAAGAGUUCAGGCCAUCUUAUCACGAUUCGAAGGUGGUGUUGCAGGUGUUCGUAAAAAAGGUUGGCUCUAA